GGCACGACUUGCGCAGCCAUGUCCAUUGUGUAAUUUUAGAACUCUGUUUUUUUGUUUUGUGCUCAUGUAUUUUCUAGCAUGAGCUGCUGGGCUAGCCAUCUGCUUAAGAUAUUGUAUUAAUAGCUUGCUAAAUCACAAAGUACGGUGUAUUGUAGCUAGAUGACACUACGUAGACAUCGAUAGCAUGCAGCAAAAGGUAAUUUUCUCUCUGCGAGAUCAAUUCCGCAUGCUAGCAUGUCCGGCUAAAUUUCAAGUUGGAAUGCAUAUAUUUUGAUCAAUCGCCUUGCUCUGAUUUAUUCCAAUAAAUGAUCUAUUACCAAAAGCAUGUUCACUUGCCAAUUUUAUUAGUCAUAGGUUCAGAUCCUCUAUUAGUCUUUCCUAAAAAAAGCGAUCUAACGUUAUGCUUGCCAGAAUAUACUGACCCCUACCAUUAUGCUUGUUUACACUGAGCUGCACCGGGGUCGGAACGCAAUCAUGGUUACAUUAAAAGACUAUGUAUUCUUGAUCUGUCAAUGCCAUCAGGAGGCUCCAUGUGGAGGUUAUGAUGCAAAAUUGCAGAGCCUCUGGGGGCUUGAAAAGGCCAAAUCUAGCUCCAUAUUGCAAUACAUAGGGCUCAACAGCUCCACAUAGCCAGUGCUUAAUAUUGUCAGGAGCUAAGUAGGGAAAGGGGGGAUACCUAGUAAGUUGUCCAACUGAACGUAUCUUCCACAUUUAACCCAGAGAGCUACAGGGGGCUGCCUUAAUCAAUGUCUUCAGCACCUGAGGAACAUUGAUUAAACCGCUUAGUUCAGAAUGACAGAUUUUUACCUUGUCAGCUCAAGGAUUCAAUCCAACAACCUUCCAGUUCCUGGCCCAACGCUCUAACCACUAGGCUACCCACUAGUACCGGCAACUCACAUUUUCUACUGCUUGAGCUCCUGUUCCUCUUACAGAAUAUUAGCUCAAAAGAUUGUAGAGCUGCUGCACGUAAAUAUAAACCGUACCGGCACCAAAAUUGAGUACCGGCACCUAUUUCAGUCCAAGUCAAGCACUGCAUAUAGCUCCACAAUGACAUGAUUGGUUGAUGGUAGGUGGGGGUGCAGUUCAUCCUGUAUAAACACAAACUCGCUUACUUCACAAAAAAACAUUGGAGAACUUUGACGAAAGACUAUCGGAACAAAUUCACCAAUAUAAUACAUCUUUAUGUAGGGAUUUCAAAGACACAAAAAUAAGUUUGAACUCCUGGAAAGACAUUGUGGAGGAAGCUCCCGAGUGGCACAGCAGUCUAAGGCACUGCAUCUCAGUGCAAGAGGCAUCACUACAGUCCCUGUUUUCAAUCCAGGCUGUAUCACCUGGCCAUGAUUGGGAGUCCCAUAGGGCGGCACACAAUUUGUCCCGCGUCGCCGGGGUAGGCCGUCAUUGUAAAUGAGAAUUUGUUCUUAACUGACUUGCCUAGUUAAAUAAAGGUUCAAAAUAAAUAAUAAUAGGUAUACAAUUGAAGUUGGGAGUUUACGUACACUGAGGUUGGAGUCAUUAAAACUCAUUUUUCAACCACUCCACAAAUGUCUUGUUAACAUUUACAUUUAAGUCAUUUAGCAGACGCUCUUAUCCAGAGCGACUUACAAAUUGGUGCAUUCACCUUAUGACAUCCACAAACUUUAGUUUUGGCAAGUCGGUUAGGACAUCUACUUUGUGCAUGACACAAGUCAUUUUUCCAACAUUUGUUUACAGACUGAUUAUUUCACUUAUAAUUCACUGUAUCACAAUUCCAGUGGGUCAGAAUUUUACAUACACAAAGUUGACGGUGCUUUUAAACAGCUUGGAAAAUUCCAGAAAAUUAUGUCAUAGCUUUAGAAGCUUCGGAUAGGCUAAUUGUCAUCAUUUGAGUCAAUUGGAGGUGUACCUGUGGAUGUAUUUCCACGGGGGUGGCAGCAUGAUGUUGUGAUGGUGCUUUGCUGCAGGAGGGACUGGUGCACUUCACAAAAUAGAUAGCAUCAUGAGGAAGGAGAAUUAUGUGGAUAUAUUGAAGCAACAUCUCAAGACAUCAGUCAGGAAGUUAAAGCUUGGUCGCAAAUGGGUCUUCCAAAUGGACAAUGACGCCAAGCAUACUUCCAAAGUUGUGACAAAAUGGCUAAAGGACAACAAAGGCAAGGUAUUGGAGAGGCCAUCAAAAAGCCCUGACCUCAACCCUAUAGCAAAUUUGUGGGCAGAACUGAAAAAGCGUAUGCGAGCAAGUAGGCCUACAAACCUGACUCAGUUCCACCAGCUGCCAAGAGGAAUGGGCCAAAAUUCACCCAACACAUUGUGGGAAGCUUUUGGAAGGCUACCCAAAACGUUUGACCUAAGUUAAACAAUCCUACCAAAUACUAAUUGAUUGUAUGUAAACUUCUGACCCACUGUGAAUGUGAUGAAAGAAAUCAAAUCUGAAAGAAAUCAUUCUCUCUACUAUUAUUCUGACAUUUCACAUUCUUAAAAUAAAGUGGUGAUCAUAACUGACCUAAAACAGGAUUAAAUGUCAGGAAUUGUGAAACACUGAGUUUAAAUGUAUUUGGCUAAGGUGUAUGUAAACUUCCGACUUCAACUGUAGAUGCAGUAAAGAGGUUAAUGGAAUGCAGACCAUGGGGGAUAGAAGGGCAAUGGUUUGGAGCACAUUCAACAAAUCUGAUCUAAGUGAAUAUUUGUCAAAUCCGCCAUGAUUGAUGUAUUGUAACAUGUAUUGUAGCACACAGAAAUUGGUGGUGUAGUCAAAGUCGUUUUAAACUGUAAUGCAGUUGAUUGAUGACAUGAACAUGUAUUGGGGUUGACCUCCAUACCAACACAUAGUGUGAAAUACACAUAAACAACAGCCUAAAUGUAGGUUGAUUUUGCUGGGGGGCAGUGAGGAGAUUCGGGAUAGAGAUGCUGGUGGGAAAACGGUGCAUCCUUUUCAUGCUAUUUUGGCUGAGCUAUGUCAAGCAGCGGGAAACGGACUCCAACAACUCAGAAGAGCCUUAAACCUAUGCCAGAACCGUGAAAUCUGAUGUACCAAAAUGCCUCAUAAACUCCUCAUGUUACUCCUGGGAAGUUACCAGUGGCUGGCCAGUUACUGGCCCGUCCUUUUGCCGAGGGGAAUCCGCCUGUACACAUUUGAACAGAUCCCGUUAUUCAUGAAAGAAAACCCAUACAUUACAGAUGGAUACAGAGCCCGUUUACAAUCCAAACUUUGUUUAAAAAGCAUCUUUGUGCUGUCCAAUGAAACAGUCAACAUAUGGACUCAUCUGUUGGGCUUCCUCCUGUUCUUCCUACUGGGGGUGAAUGACAUGUCUACAGUCCUGCCGGCUUCAGGUGCCAACAGAGAAGACUAUGUCAUCUACUGCAUAGCACUCUUCUGCUUUCAGGUGUGUAUGCUGUGUUCUGCAGGGUAUCACAUGUUCUCCUGCCACCUCUCAGAGAAGACGUGUCACCGCUGGUUGGCGCUGGACUAUGCUGGAAUCUCUGUGGGAAUCCUGGGCUGUUACAUUCCAGGGGUCUUCUAUGCCUUCUACUGCAUCACUUUCUGGAGACAGGUGUACCUGGUGACUGCUCUAGCGUUGAUAUUGGCCGUGUUCUUAGCUCAGAUCCACCCUCACUACCACUCUAAGGAGUGGCGACACCAGCGUACUGCCAUCUUCUGCUCUGUGGCUGGCUACGGGAUCAUCCCCGCUGGCCACUGGGUCUGGCUCAAUGAAGGCCUCGGCUCAGCUGUCGUCCAGUUGUUCCUCCCUCGUGUGAUUGUGAUGUAUUUGAUAGCUGGAGCUGCGUUCCUCUUUUACAUCUCUAAAAUCCCAGAACGCUGCUUCCCAGGUCAACUGAACUAUCUGGGUGCCAGCCACCAGGUGUGGCAUGUCCUUGUGGUGUUUUUGCUCUACUGGUGGCACCAGACUGCAGUAUAUAUAAUGAAAUUCAGGCACAGCCAGCCAUGCCCUCCUUUCUACACCCAGCCUGGUCUCAUGGACUAGACGUAACAUAGUAAAAGUAAAUCCGGGACACUCAAAUUAGUAUGAUAUGUUACGUUUGGUAUGGAUGGUUGGUCGAGGUGGAUGGGUGGGUGAAUGCCUAGCUAUCCAAAAGGUUGUGUGUUCAAAUCUCGUCACGGACAACCUUAGCAAAUGUUCAACUACUUGAACUUUUUAGCUACUUUGAAACUACUUAGCAUGUUAGCUAACCCUUCCCCUAACUCUUUUAGCCAGCCCUUCCCCUAACUUUAACCCUUUAACCUAACUCCGAACCUUAACCCGUAGCCCUAAACUAGCUAACAUUAGCCCGCUAGCUAACGUUGGGGACAACUAAUUGGUAUUCGUAACAUAUCAUACGUAUUACAAAUUCGGAACAUAUUGUACAUUUACAGAUUCAUAACAAAUUGUACAUUUAGCUAAUUCUUAACAUAUCAUCCAAAUUGUAAUUCAUAACUUAUCAUAUUAAAUGGAUGAUGACAUCCACAAAUUAAUACAUACAAUACAUAUUAACAUAUCAUACUAAAUGAAGUGUCUCAGAAUUACAUACAGAAUAAUACAAAAUGCUGAGAGACCAGAUUGCUACACAAGCAGUGACGAGAGCCUCAAGCUGGCCCAGCCACCGACUGAGCAACAACCUGUACUGUAGCCACUCGAUGCAAUUAAACCAGACUACAGACCUCUAGAAUUCUAUCAUACAGAUUCCCAGUCAAGCAGACAAGAGAGUAGCCUCCCUACCAGAACAACUAUAACCAUACCGUUAGACCAAGCAGAUGUCUGUGGAAAGAGCGAACAAGUAAAAGAGUGGAACCAUCUCUCUGGUUUUAAGGAUUGCGAUUGGUGGUAUGCAAUCGUAUCUGCUUUCUGCUGAGACUUCUGUAAGGCCAGGUUAUAAGAGAUGGAAAGACAUGUCAGUCAUAGCCUGGUCGCAGAUCUGGGAAGCAAGAUGGCACGAACAGACCUGGGACCAGUCUUGGCGAAGUCACUAGGACACACAGUACAGCUUCAACUGAACAUAUUCUGUUAUUCUCCGAUUAUCUUUUCGUAUUCAAGAUUGUUUUUUUUUAACCUGAUUUGUAUCUAUUCAUUUGCAUGUAAGCUACUGUUUGAAUGUUACAUGCUGUGAAAUGGUACUUCUUGAAAUGCUUUCUUGAGCACAUCGGACUUAACAAGGGUUAUGUGCAAUCUAGAAUAUAUAUCCUUUGGAAACCGAACAUAGAGCCUAUUUUCAGUUGUUUUUGCCUGCAUAGUUAUCUUACUGUAUUUCAUUAAUGGUGGGGCUGAGUAGUUAUCUUACUGUAUUUCAUUAACGGUGGGGCUGAGUAGUUAUCUUACUGUAUUUCAUUAACGGUGGGGCUGAGUAGUUAUCUUACUGUAUUUCAUUAAGGGUGGGUUACUUUUAGUAUUAGUGGUCAACUGAACCCCUUCCUCUCACAAUCCACUUGAAUCUAAGGGCUGAUUCAGGAUUUGUUUAGAGAGUUGGUUACAUUUUAAACAUAAACCCAAUUAAAUAGAUUGGGAGUAAAUGACCCUUGCUUUAAUUAGUUUGUGAAUAGACUAUUUAUGAAUCCGUCCCUCUAUUCACUUACUAUAUAACCUAACGUAGCGAAGUAAAAGAAACACCUGAGUAGAAUACCCCACAUUCUGGUCCUGAUGAUAUUUAUUUUUAAAAAUAACUUGUGGGAGGUUCUCUUCUGCACUAUUCAACCAAUCCAGUAAAUGUGAAGGAGGAGUUAAGAUGGAGCGGCGCCUUUUUAAGCGUCCAAAAGCUGAAGUCGCGUCACAGGCUCUUCCAUUUCCACUGAAAACCGGUUGCACCCAGUGUUUGCCACCCCGCUCAUGGUGCUCACUAUAUAGUACAUGGGUGUGUGAACAACUGCAUAAGAACAAAUACUUUAGAGGCCAGUAUUAUCUAUUGUAUGACUAAUACUGUUCAAUAUUACAAUCACAUUACUGACAGGUCUAUCUAUGCACAAUAUGGUGUCCUGUAGAUCACAGGUGGCUGGUGGCACCUUAAUUGGGGGGGGUCGAGUUUAUAGUAAUUGGCUGGAAUUGAUUUGAUGGAAUGACAUAGAAGUGUUUUAAUACCAUUGUUAUGAGCCGUCCUCCCCUCACAAGCCUCCUGUAUUGUAGAUCUCCUACUGUGUAGCUAAUACCCAUAGAGGUCAUUCGACCGUGUCAGAUAAUGAUGCUCAGAACAUAUCACAGCCGUUAAAGGCCCACUGUGACAUUCACAGCCUAUAUUGACUGUUCGUUAGCCUUGUUUGUAAAUGAGCUUUUGUUUCAAGUAUGCCUUUAAUUAUUUCACUGUAUUUUACCUGGUUGCUAUAAUGUCGGUCUUUGGUUGUCCAACAUUUGUUUUUCCAUUCAUUUAGGCAUUAUUGAUGGACUUACUUUUGAAUGCUGGAAUGCACUGACUAAAGGGACACAUUAUUUUAAUCUGUAAUAUGACAUGUCUCGAGUAUUAUAAAUGAAUAAAGAAUGCCUAAAAGGAU